AUGCUGUCUAAUGAUUUGAAAAAUUUUCUGAGAAGUCAUACCAACUGCAAGUUCCCUGACGAAGCAGAUCCAUACUACUUGCCAAUUGAUCCAUGGAAUCCGAAUAUUACACAGCAGAUUCGUCAUCUGACAAAAGCAAGCAGGAGGCCCCAACGCCUGAGGUUCAUCCCGGGAAAGUACCUGGGCGACCCAGAGGCAAUAAUGAGGCCAUUCGAAGAAAUAAUUCCUCCAAAUUCACCCAUGCGCCUGCCACCGAUACCAAAACGCUCACCACCCGAGGAGAAGGACUCGCGCAUCCGGCAGGCAGCCCAAGAAGUGGCAAUGGCAGCGGUGGUGGUACCCCUGUCGAAAGCGAUGGCGGAGGACACCCUUCCACCCCUUUACGACGAUGCAGGACAUCACGAUCGAUACGCGGGGGUACCGCGAAACGUCCGCACUCUAUUCUUUCACGAAGACGCACCAAGGGUGAGACAAGUGGCACAGGAAUUGGUGAAAAACGCCGUGAGAAGAGCAACCUACCGCGUGCGCCGUAGUCGCGCUGUCGUCUGUCCCUGGUUGGGCAACUCUACGCCAACUUUCGGUCUGGAGCCCACAUACCACUCAACCUGA